CUAGACCCUCGCCAUAUUUCUCAAUAUUCGUCACACAAUAUUGGCUCAAAUCCAUAUUUGAACUCAACUUGAAAACUAAUAAGCAUGUCCUAACGCUAACUCUAUAGAACAUUAUACAAUUAAUAAUACAACAAAAACAUGAUUGCUGAUCCCGAUUUGCUGCAAACUUUGACUGAUUUGUCGCCAGACCAAGGCGCGUCUCAGGCAAGCAUUGACAUGAUUGUGGCCUACUCUGACAAAUUCACAGUAGACGUGGAAUUCCACCGUUUGUUUUUCUUGAAAGAGCUUGAGUUCAAAUUCAACUUCCUCGAAUCACAACGUCUCCAGGCUCAAAACCAGUUCGACAUUUUAAGCGCACGCGCUAUUGACAACUCGGACGCAAUUUUCGAACGGCUGCUGAAACGGAAAAUAAAAGAGUUGAACAACCUUUCGCGUGAAAUAAUAAUGAUCGACAACUUAUUGAACAACUUCGGUAUAACACGAAAGUUGCGAAACAAUCACAGUUACUUGAAUUCGGCUCUUCAAUCGCUUUCGGAUGAUGACGUAAAUUGUUGUAUAACAUACGAGCCCGACUCGAAUGAGUCAUCGCCUACAAGUUCCAUGGAAGAAAGACGGAGUACGAGUAACUCUACUCACUCGGUAAGCGACCGGCAGAGACCCCGAAUGAAUGCCAGCAGAUUUCGAGAACUGCGCAUGCGAAGCCGAAGAAAAGAAAUUUCCAGCGACUCGGGAGAAUUUCAGAACGAUUCACUUGAUAGCAUUUCAUCAAAAGAUUCGGAAACAAAAACUCCUGUUGCGACAAGAAAAGCCGAGUCAAAACCAUUGAGUGGAAAUCAAGACCAAAUGAGGACAAAACAAUCGAGUUGUGAAGAUAUAUUUGAGGGCCGUCGUCAAAGUUUUUCAAGUAUAAAACUGAGCUUGAACGACUUGCAGACUGUGACCGAAGACAGACCGCCGAGUAGUAAGUCGUCACCAGUGAUGCGAGCUCAAUCGGCUCAAGCAAGCGACACAAGUACUAGUCGAUUUUACCUCAAGAACCCACUAAGAAGUCGUCGAUCGGAUCCCUGCAUAUGUAUGCACAUCUUAAGUAGCCAACUGAACUACAUAAUGUAAUUCCAUGAAAUGAUGCGAUGAGAACAGAAAAUAUUCUUGCUGAGCUAUUUGGACUAUUUAGUUUUAAAUUUGAAAUUUAGCUCACGUUGA